AUGAUCGGCAUCUACAGGGAAAUCCUGGAGAUCCGCACCUGCAUUACAGAGCUUCUUGCCAGAUGCCCGUCAGAAGUCACCAUCAGGGAUCCGGGCGCAGGGAAUAGCACUGUUGACCUCCAAGCAAUCUUAGAUGAUGGGCCUCAGACCGUCGUGCCAGACGUGCUCGAUGAGCCUAAUGCUAUUAUGCUGUUGCCGACUCCGCCUGACUUCUCCAUGCUACAGCCACUGGCACUCCAAAGCCAGUUUCCGGGCCAAGAGUACGGUCCUUUAGGAUCUGUCGGGAAUACGGGAUUGAUAACAGAGGGGGCAGAUCCUCCCGUCGGUCAAAUUCCCCAAGACUUAUUGCCUGGCAUGUACUCUGAGGGGCAGACCUCGUCUGACUCUUCAGACAGUGUGCACACCAGCCAAGGCAAAGUGAAGUGCACCUGGCCCGGAUGCUCGAGAUUUCUCAAGAAGGAUAACCACACUCGCCACAUGAACGAGACGCAUCUGCGGAAGGUCAAGGCUGUUUGCGCCAGCUGUGGAAAGGGCUUUCCGCGCUCGUACAUGAAGAAGGAGCACAUCUGUAAGGCUGAACGUAGACGUGCCUAG